AUGGCCAUGGCUUUAUCUUCUCCGACCACCUCUGUUUCUGCGGCCAUCUUUCCCGGCGACUCACCGCCUCCCCUGAAGAUCCAUCACCUCCUCACUGCCGCUGGCGCCAAUUUUUCCCUCUCCAAAAAAUUGACGAGCUCCUUCGCCGCUGCCCUGAUCCAGACCGGCCGAGAUAAUAACAACAGUAAGUGGAGAACCAAUGUGUCUUUCCUCCCCGCAUUCUUCAAAUCUCCUGGGAAAGACCUCAAUGCUCUCAAGGACGAGCUUCUUCAGGCUAUUGCUCCCCUCGACCGCGGCGCCGAGGCUACUCCUGAUGACCAGAAAUUCGUCGAUCAGAUUGCUCGGAAGCUGGAAUCAGCCAAUCCCACUAAGGAUCCAUUGAAAUCAGACCUGCUGAAUGGGAAAUGGGAGCUCAUAUACACUACUUCACAGUCAAACCUGCAAACUCAGAGACCAAAGUUGCUGAGGUCCAGAGCUAACUACCAAGCUAUCAAUACAGAUACGUUACGAGCCCAAAACAUGGAAUCUGCCCCUUUCUUCAACCAAGUAACAGCAGACUUAACCCCUCUGAACACAAGAAAAGUAGCUGUGAAAUUCGAUUAUUUCAAAAUAUUGGGUUUGAUACCAGUUAAGGCACCGGAUACUGCUGUUGGGGAGCUGGAAAUCACCUACUUGGAUGAAGAGUUGAGAAUAUCCAGAGGUGACAAGGGGAACUUGUUCAUCUUGAAAAUGCUGGAUCCGUCGUACCGUGUCCCUGCUACCGGAUGA